AUUGGUCGAUACUACGAGUAUAUAACCCCAUCUCUACAUCCUGGUUCUCCUUCCUCAGUUUGUCUCCAUCGGCCCCAGUCUGCUCUUCUCCUGAACCGGCGAUCCAUCGGUUCUUUGACGAGUGCUAGGGCGGCCGCGAGACAAGGAGCCUCCGAGAGAGACACUCGUCGCAACCCUCCCCAAGAUGACGGCCAAGACGAUGACCGCGAGCGAUACGGUGGCAAAUCUCGCCACGCGCGAGGGCCUCACGACGUGGCGGCAGAACUUACGCACCAUCCUCAUCUGCAUGCUCGUCUCCUCCGCCACCCUCCAGUAUGGUCUCGACAUAUCCAUCAUCAAUGGCGCCCAAGCCAUGAAGGGCUUCCUCAAGGUCUUCGGCCACCCAAACCCGAACGCGCCCCAGGGCUACGGCAUCUCGACUUCGUUCCAGCAGUCCAUCACCAGUCUUAUGAACAUCGGCGUCGUGGUCGGUUCCUUCACGCUCGAAUUCUUUUCCCACCGUCUAGGCCGCAGAAAGAAUUUCAUCGUGGGUUCGCUAGCGUCGGUCGGUGCGAACCUCAUCCUCGUCCUCUCUACGAAUAAGAGCGCCAUUAUCUUCGGCCGUUUCCUCUUCGGCGUAUCCAACGGUCUUUACAUUGGAUUUACCACUAUAUAUAUCUCGGAAGCGGCACCAGCGCAUCUACGGGGCUCUCUCGUUACCUUCGUCCAGGUGUCUGUCUGCAUCGGCACCAUUAUCGGCGCCGUCGUCAACAAUGCAUCCUCGAACAUGGACUCCCGUCUCUCCUACCAGAUCCCGCUCUUCACCCUGUUCGUAAUUCCGGUCUUCUGCGCCGUUACGGCUUUCUUCAUCCCCGAGUCUCCUCGCUGGCUCAUCCUGAAGGACCGCCGUGAGGAUGCCCGGCAUCACCUCUACCGCCUGCGGGGGCCUUCCUUCCCCCCCGAACUCAUCGACGCCGAGAUAGAUUCCAUUGCGGAAGCUGUCCGGGCCGAGCAGGAGAACACGCUCCGCGGCUGGCGCGCUCUUCGCCUCAUGUUCAGUGGUGCCGAGCGCCGCCGGACGCUCCUGGUCAUGGCUUGUGGUACCAUGCACGGGGCCUCUGGUUUCCCUUUCAUCUCCAGCUAUAAGACCUACUUCUUCCAGGUCGCGGGAUCCAAGACGCCCUUUACCGACUCUAUCAUCGUCACCUGCGUAUCUCUUAUCGGGGCCUUCAGUGGUGUCUUCCUUAACCGCUAUGUCAGACGUCGCCUGGUUCUUCUGUUCGGAUUCAUUGUCCAGGCCUUCGUUAUGCUCAUCAUCGCCACUGUCUGGACCGCUAACCCAGCCACUGUCACAACCGGUAAAGUCAUCGUCGCCAUGGUUGUCAUAUUCCAGUGCCUCUACGCCGCUAUCGUCGGUCCCACGUCUUGGAUCGUCGCCGGCGAGAUUCCCAACAACCGUCUGCGGGCCAUGACAUUUGGCCUUGGUAACGGUGUCGGUUUUAUCGCCUACUUCUUGAUUGCCUUCACCACACCUUACUUUAUCAACCCCGAGGCUUUGAACAUUGGUCCAAAGGUUGGUUAUAUCUGGUUCGGAUCCAACAUUAUCGCCUUCCUCUUCAUUUUGUUCUUCCUUCCGGAAACGCACCGCCGCUCCCUCGAAAACCUCGAUGAGAUGUUCUACAACAACGUCCCCACCCGCAAGUUCAAGUCAUACCAGUGCACAGGCGUCGUCCAGCACCCCGAGGAAAGCGAGAAGGCCCUUAACGAGAAGGCCCUUGCGAUUGAGUCUGACGGCGCGACCUCUCACGUCGAGAAGCAACCCAGUCGCGAGACUUAGUUGUUGGAACUAUAUUCUCUUGUCUUCGUGAGCUUCGUCAUGUACGCCACUUGGAGCAUCCACGGGGGAGACACGACAGGGGUAUAGCCACUACUUCUGCGUGGCUGGCGGCAAACAGUAGCCUGGAUCAAUUUCUAUUUGGUGCUGCCUGCCGGGCCUCUGAUAUUGAAGGGGGUGCCGGUCGAACCGGUGAUA